AUGUGGAUCGCCGCUGCCGUCUCCGUGGUCUUUCUCCUGACCAGUCCAGUUCAAGCUGGAAUAAAAGACCUCAGUUCCCACUUCCAGGAUCCUAGCCCAGAUCCCAGAGGAUUCCAGCAGGGCGAUGCAGUGGAUAUAGAGGCCAUUCCACUGGAGUUCCACAAAGAGAACACGGUCACCAACGACCUUGUUUUCGAAGGCUUUGAGGAUGAUGAUUACAUUGAUUUUGAUAAGAUCCUGGCUGCGGGCAGCGACGACUACAUCGAAGGCGACGAGAUAGACGAAAUCGCCACGCCAGCCCCGGACAUCGACAUCUUUGCCGAGCCUUCCGACCCAAAGACCCGCAGAGCAAGACUCCUGCGGCUCUUCCACGGUCGCUCUCGCCUCCAGCGCCUCAACAUCGUCAACGCCCACUUUGGCUUCAACCUCUACCGAAGUCUCCGUAACGACGUCAAUCAGACCGACAACAUCCUGCUGGCGCCCGCCGGGAUCUCCAUCGCGAUGGGGAUGAUGUCUUUGGGUGCGGGAUCCGGGACUCACGAUCAGAUCUACAAAGCUCUGGGGUUUGCGGAGUUCGUCAACGCCAGCCACCACUACGACAACACAACGGUGCACAAGCUCUUCAGGAAGCUCACACACCGCCUGUUCAGGAGGAACUUUGGCUACACGCUGCGCUCCGUAAACGACGUCUACGUGAAGAAAGACGUCUCGGUGAAAGACGCGUUCCGCGCCGAGACGAAGGCCUUUUACUUUGCCGAGCCUCAGUCAGUCGACUUCAAAGAUCCUGCCUUCCUGGACAAAGCAAACCGCCGCAUCCAAAAGCUGACCAAGGGCCUGAUCAAGGAGCCGCUGAAGAGCGUCGAUCCAAACAUGGUGCUGAUGCUGCUGAACUACUUGUACUUCAAAGGGACGUGGGAACAGAAAUUCCCCAAAGAAAUGACUCACUAUCGCAACUUUAGAGUCAAUGAAAAGACAAACGUUCGCGUGCCAAUGAUGACCAACAAAGGGAACUAUCUGGCUGCCGCUGACCACGAACUGGACUGUGACGUCCUGCAGCUCCCGUACGCAGGAAACAUCAGCAUGCUUAUUGUACUGCCCAGAAAGAUCACUGGCAUGAGGACCUUGGAGCAGGAGAUCUCACCCACUGUCGUCGACAAGUGGCUCAAAAACAUGACAAACAGAACUCGUGAGGUUGUGUUACCUCGGUUUAAACUGGAGCAGAACUACGACCUGAUUGAGAACAUGAAGGAGAUGGGCCUCGUUGACAUCUUCCAGGAGAGCGGGGAUUUCACCAGAAUGACCACAGAUAAGGUCGCCAUGAACUGGCUGAAGCACCAGGGGAUCAUCAAGGUCAAUGAGGAGGGGACAGAGGCUGCUGCUCUGACCCAGGUGGGCUUCAUGCCCCUGUCGUCUCAGAUCCGCUUCACCGUGGAUCACCCGUUCCUGUUCCUGAUCUACGAGCACCGCACAGACUGCCUGGUGUUCAUGGGUCGGGUGGUCAACCCUUCCCAGAGUUAGACAAAGAGUCCUGCUAAAGAGCUAAGAGGAAGAUUCAAGAGCGCAGUAUUGCACCUCAGACACUUCACUGAUUUCAAGAGCAAAGGACUUUAAGCACAAUAUGCAAAUAUAACACCAAGUAACGAGGUUUCAUGUGUAUGUAGACGAAUACUGAACAUUCAAACUUCUCCUUUGUAUUGCUCAAAGUGUCUUGAGUUAAUGUUGAUGAAUAUUUGUUAUU